AUGCCUCAGAGUUCUCCCUCAAAGAAAUCGUCUCCUCCCUCUGAAACAGCAUCAGGGUCUAGGGCACCAAAUGUAAUGAGUGAUCAAGAUGUUGUGUUGAAUGUUGUGCCAUUGAACACUCUUCAAGCUACCGAUCAUGUUCGUAGUCUUCCAAGAAAGAUGCAUGCAAGAAAAUCGACUGGUGGGUCUGUUCUAGAAACCUUUUCUGCUCAGGGUAAAGAGGGCUCGGCAUAUGUUCACAAUGCGAUCGCAGGUCUUGUCACAAGAAUCUUGAAUGAAGGACAUAAGGUAGAAGGAAUAUAUGUUCCUUUAGCCCAAGCUCCGGCCUCUGAGAACAGCAGAGACGAUCAAGAUGAUGCUAGCAAAGAUCAGGUUGAUGUUGAGACAUCUGAAGAUAACAAUGUUGAUAUCUCUGGUGCUAAAGAUGUUGAGACAUCUGAAGCUAAAGAUGUUGAAACAUCUGGAACUAAAGAUGCUGAGAUUCUUGAAACAGAGAAAGCUGAAGAGCUCAUAUCUAGCAUCUCUCAUAGAGUCAAGACUCGAAAGGGAAAACAGGUUUGUGAUCAACCUCCUUCCAAACCUAAAGCUACUCCUCAAACGAAGGUUACCAAAGAAAAGAUCAAGAAGGCCCUUACUGAACCUUCAAAAACUGGGAGCAAGGUUGCUGUGAAGAAGAGGAAAGAAAGAAAUGCUUCUGACCCUGAAGACAAUGUCUUAAGUGAUGUCCCUGACAUCCCUUCAAAGAAAAGGCAUGCUGUCACCAAAGCCUCCACUACUGUUCCUGAUAUUCCCUUGGACAACAUCUAUCUGCACUAUGCUUCAAAUGCUAUGCAAUGGAAGUAUGUUUUUCAGCGAAGAUUGGCUUUGGAAAGAGAACUUGCAAAUGAUGCUCUUGAAUGUCAAGAAAUCAUGAAGCUCAUCAAAUCUGCAGGUUUGCUUAAAACUGUUACCCAUUUUUCUAAAUGCUAUGAAAUGCUUGUGAAGGAGUUUAUAGUCAAUUUAUCUCAAGAUUGUGCUGAUGGGAAAGCUGAGGAUUUUCAUAAGGUGUAUGUUAGAAGAAAGUGUAUAGAAUUCUCCCCAACUGUUGUUAACCUCUAUCUAGGUAGGAAUGAUAAGGCUCAACCUGAGCUUGAAGUGACUGAUAAUGAGGUGUGCAAAGUGAUCACUGGUGGUAAGGUUAAGAAGUGGCCCAUAAAGAGUAAACUGUCUGCUAGUUCUCUUAAUGUCAGUUAUGCAUUGCUACACAAAAUUGGUGCUGCUAACUGGGUGCCUACCAAUCAUACAUCUACCAUUGCAGUUGGCCUAGGAAGAUUCAUAUAUGGUGUGGGAACCAAGACUAAGUUUGAUUAUGGAACUUACAUAUUUGAUCAAAUUAUGAAGCAUGUUGGUACCUCUGCUACAAAGAUGCCCAUUGCUUUUCCUUCCCUGAUAUGUGGGAUUAUUCUUAAUCAGUACCCUGGGAUUCUGAAAGCUAAAGAAUCUGUGUGCAAGAGGGAGAGUGCCUUGUCCUUCCACCAUAAGUUGCUCCAAAGAUCAGAUGACAUGACAUCUGCUGGGACAUCACAAACCAGCAAAUCUGUCUCCAAAUCCUCCCUUAUUGCUGAGCUGAAAGAGACUUGUAAAGAGUUGGACAAUAGGAAGAUGAAGCUUGAAAAGCUCAUUCAGAGUCUUGAGCAGUCUGCAGAUGAUGACCAUGCUGGUGGAAGUGAAGGUGCUGGUAGUGGUGAUGAUGAAGAUAAUGGUGCUGAUAGUGGUGAUGAUGAAGAGGCUGAGGAUAGUGAAGGUGCUGAAGAGACUGAGAGUAGUGAUGCUGGUGAAGAGAUUGGUGGCUCUAGUGCUGAAGAAACUGAUGAAUCUGACAAUUAG